AAUAAAUAGAGUUGGAUAGAGAUCACAAAGCACAAACAUUAUAGUUUGAAGACCAAUUCAACUAGAGCAUCACAAAUUAUGUCUAGCAUUAGCAUACCGAUAAUGAUCCUCCCCGACUUAGAGAGGAUGAGACGUUCAAAUGCGAUACAUUUCUCUCGUACUGCACCAGCCCCCCGCAUCCGAGUUUCUUGCUCGACAGAGGUAGAUGCUGAUCAAACCCGACGUUGUGGAAACUACCAGCCUUCUCUUUGGGAUUUCAAUUAUAUUCAGUCUGUUAACACUUCAUAUAAGGGGAAAAAGCAUUUGAAAAGGAGAGACGAACUGAUUUUGCAAGUGAAGAUGUUGCUAAAGGAAAAGAUGAAGCAUGUCCAACAGUUGGAGUUGAUUGAUGACUUGAAAUAUUUGGGACUGUCUUAUUUUUUCCAAGAUGAGAUAAGGCAGAUGUUAGAUUGUAUAUAUGAUGAUGAGGCCAAGUGUUUCCAUGACAAUGAAAGUGAUUUGUAUUUCACAGCUCUUGGAUUCAGACUUCUUAGACAACAAGGUUUUAAUGUUUCCCAAGAAGUAUUUAAUCGUUUCAAGAACGAGAAGGGUCGUGAUUUCAAGGAAAGCCUUGCUCGCGAUACGAAAGGAACGUUACAACUUUACGAAGCAUCAUUCCUUUUGACGGAAGGUGAAGACAUGUUGGAGCUAGCAAGACAGUUUUCCACAAAAUGUCUGCAGAAAAAACUUGACGAAGGUGUUAGUGAGGAAAUUGACGAUAAUAUGUCAUCGUGGAUUCGCCAUUCUUUGGAUCUUCCUCUUCACUGGAGGAGUCCAGAACUUGAUGCAAGAUGGUUCUUAGAUGCUUACGCGAAGAGGCCAGAUGCGAGUCCACUUGUUUUUGAGCUCGCCAAACUCGACUUUAAUAUUAAGCAAACAACAUAUCAAGAAGAACUCAAAGAUGUCUCAAGGUGGUGGAGUAAUUCAUGCCUAGCUGAAAAGCUCCCAUUUGUUAGGGAUAGGAUUGUGGAAUGCUACUUUUGGGCAGUUGCAUUGUUUGAGCCUCGUCAAUAUGAAUAUCAAAGGAAAAUGGCAGCCAUUAUUAUUACUUUUAUCACAAUUAUAGAUGAUGUUUAUGAUGUGUAUGGCACAUUAGAUGAAUUGCAACUUUUUACUGACACAAUCCGAAGAUGGGACAUUGAAUCAUUAAGCCAACUUUCUUAUUACAUCCAAGUUUGUUAUUUGGCACUAUACAACUUUGUGUCAGGGUUGGCAUAUGAUAUUCUCAUAGAUCGACAUUUCAUCACUAUACCAUAUUUACAAAAAUCGUGGUUAAGCUUGGUUGAAGGAUUUUUUAAGGAGGCUCAAUGGUAUUACAGUGGUUAUACACCAAGCUUAGAAGAAUAUCUCAACAAUGCUAAAGUUUCAAUUUCGUUGCCAGCGAUAAUAUCCCAGCUUCAUUUCAUAUUACCAAACUCGAGCACCGACAAAAGGGUCAUCGAGAGCUUGUACGAAUAUCAUAACAUACUUAACCUCUCAGGAAUGAUUUUAAGGCUUGCUGAUGAUCUUGGGACUACACAGUUUGAGCUGAAGAGGGGUGAUGUGCCAAAAGCAGUCCAGUGCUACAUGAAGGAGAAAAAUGUUUCGCAGAAAGAGGCGCAAGAGCACGUUAGGUUUUUGUUAAGGGAGGCGUGGAAGGAGAUGAACACAGCCAUGGUGGCCGGUUGGCCUUUGACGGAUGAUUUGGCAGAGGCUGCAGCUAAUCUUGGAAGAGCGGCACAAUUUAUAUAUCUAGAGGGAGAUGGACAUGGUGUCCAACACUCGAAAAUACUACAACAAAUUGAUGGCUUAUUGUUCGAUCCAUAUGUAUAAUUUAUAAUACAACAAAACUCUUGUGUUGGAUAUUAGUGUCAUCUUGCUAUAGUUCAAAUACUGUAACCGAUGUAGCAAGUCAUAAUCCUCAACCACAAACUACGUGAUCAACCAAAAUUUCUCUGUGUUUUUCCCAAGU